CUUGCUGUUUUCGUGUUAUAAAAUAAUAAUAAAAAAAAACAAUAUAAUAGUGCCCAAAAUGAAAUUAUUGACUUGUUUUUUGUUUGUUUUUAUAUGCAGCGUCUGCUGUAAAGUAGCGGUCAAAGAUAAAUCAACGAAAUCGCUAAACAGCUUAGAAGAUUCUAAAGUGAAAGAAUUAAAAAAUGAUGAGAAUCAGGACGAGGAGACGCCCGCGACCGAUACCCCUAAGGUCGAUAAUGGCGUGGCACUGAUUUUGACUCCGUAUAUUGAAGAAGGGAGGCUGAAUGAGGCCCGCGAGGACAGCCGAGUGGACAGGUCAUUAUUCUUUGGAUACGAGAGUUACUCUGGUUACUUCACGGUGAACAAGACAUACAAUUCGAAUUCGUUUUUCUGGUACUUCCCUGUUGUGAAGAAACCAGUGAAAAAGACACCGUGGGUGAUCUGGCUGCAAGGAGGACCUGGUGCGUCGAGUCUCACGUCGUUGUUCAAUGAGAUCGGACCGUACAAGGUCACUCAUAAAGGGAAUUUAUUGCCUUACCCCCACACGUGGUUGCAAAAUCACUCGCUGGUGUUCAUCGACAACCCCAUCGGGACUGGGUUCAGUUUUACUGAUAGCGAAGAUGGAUAUGUACACGAUAUGGAUACGUAUGGUCACCACCUGUACUUAACAGUGAAGCAACUGGUGACAGUGUAUCCGGAAUUGCAAACUGCACCAUUGUAUGUGGCCGGAGAGUCGUACGCUGGUAAAUACGUUCCAGCUUUGGCCAUGCAACUUCACAGGCACAAAGACGACCCAGAUUUCAAUAUAAAUCUUCAGGGCUUGAUAGUCGGUAACGCUUAUGUUGAUCCGGAAAUGAUAUCUCACAUGGCGCGACCGUUCUACUACUUCGGAAUGCUGGAGAAGGAAGAGAUAAGGGCCAUACAGCCUCUACUGACAGCGCUCUCAGAGGACAUUGCCGCUAAUCGAAGUGUUGAGGCUAAGAACAGAUUCAUGGGAUUGGUCUCGUUGCUUCUGUAUCUAUCGCAUCAGACGCAUGCGUACAAUUUCCUUGAAGACCGCGUCGUUUUAGAGAAUCAUGAGAAGUUUCUCAAUAAGCCCGAAAUAAGAAAAGCAAUUCACGUCGGAGACAUAAUAUACACGUACGUGAACAUUACCGUGAAUCUUAAGAUGGCCCCGGACUUCCUUAGCAGUUCAAAAGCUCUGUACGAAGAGCUGCUGGAGAGCUAUAGGGUGUUGACAUACUGUGGAAACCUGGAUCAGAUGAUGCCGUGCGUGGUCACAUCGGAACAUUACAGAACGUGGAAAUGGAGUUCGUCCGAUGACUUCAUUAAGGCUGUACGAAAUCCUUACAUGUUUAAAAAUAGAUUGGCAGGGUACCACAAAACCGGCGGUAAUCUAACGGAGCUGAUCAUCCGCGGAGCCGGCCACAUGGCGCCCAUGGACACGCCCGACCAAACAGCGUACUUCAUAACUCAAUGGACCCACAACGAACCGUUGGACCAACCGAUCGGAUCUACCAUCGAUUUGAAAUACGUAGAAGAAUAUGUUAAGAAAUUAAUAUUACCGACGUCUUGAAGUGAAUGUAUUGAAA